AUGGCCACCUUAGAAGAUUUUUCAACCAGUGAAACACAAACUUCAUCUACCAAUGAACCUGUUUCUGGCGAGUGGGAUAAGAACAAAAACUUGGGUGGAAAUUCAACAGAGCCUUUCAAAUGUGAAAAAUGUGGCAAACUGUUUAUCUCUUCGAGUUUUCUGAAGUGCCACAAAGAUAUAUAUCACACAGGUAAGAAGGAGGUGAACCAAAAGGAAAGUAAUGAAGUUUUUGGUCAGUUAUUUAAUGAUGAACUUUUGUUAGAAACUAAAAAUUUUACUGGAGAAGACAUCACUGGAGAUGAGGAUGAGAAUCACAUGAAUGAAGAACUUUUGUUGGAAACAAAAAGUUUUACUGAAGAAGACAUCAGUGGAGAUGAAGAUGAGAAUCACAUGAAUGAAGAACCUUUGUUGGAAACAGAAAGCUUUAAUGGAGAAGAUAUCAGUGGAGAUGAGGAUGAGAAUCACAUGAUCUGUAGUAACGAUAAAGAUAAUGUAAAUUGUGAAGUACAUCUUGAAGAACUAAUGGAAGGUCAACCUUUGACCAAUAUUGAUAAUGAGUGUUAUGAAAAUCAGUUUUCUGAGAUAGAUGAGAAUCAGGAGAAAGAUAAAGGACCAAAGGAUUUAGAUGAACAUCCAGCAACUAGUAAUGAAAUGCAUAAAAGUAAAAUUCGUGAAAACGUAUCUGUUUCAGAGAAUCCUUUAGUAACCCAAAAGGAACAAAAUAGUUCUUCAGGUUCUGAUGAGUAUCAUUGUACUUGUUGUAUUUUUACUACUAACAGCUACUUUGAGCUUUUAACUCACUUGGUUAUUCACCAAGAUUGCAAAGGAGGUGCACGGCCCUUCAAAUGCCUGGAGUGUGGGAAAAAUUUCAAAGCAGAAGGCCACCUUCGUCAGCACCAGGAAUCUCAUAUUCAGUAUGAAACAGUAAAGUGUAAUAUUUGUGGCAGUAUGUUUAAAAACAACUCUGGUCUAGCUGUCCAUAUGAGAUCUCAUCUAAAGAAUAUUCCAGCUUCACAAUCACAUGAUAAUGUUAAACUUCUUAGCCACGAAAUAAUU